AUGAAGAUGAUGAAGGCUGCGCUCUUCUGCCUCUUCUGCUCGCUGAUGCUCGCUCGUGGCAGCCGGAGGAGACACGCGCGCUGCCCCGCGUCAUGCACGUGCAGUAAAGAUAACGCCCUGUGUGCCGAUACCGGAUCAAUACCGAGGAGCUUCCCGCCAGAUGUCAUCUCUCUAUCAUUCGUCAAGUCGGGCUUUAAUGAAAUCCCCAAAGAGAGUUUCAUUCACACGCCAGCCCUCCAUCUUCUACUUUUCACAGCAAACAACUUUGAUUCUAUAAAUGAAGAUGCGUUUCUUGGUCUUCCUCAUCUGGAGUAUCUGUUCAUUGAAAAUAACCAAAUCAAGUCCAUAUCGCCAUUUGCCUUCAGAGGACUCAAGUCAUUGAUACAUUUAAGUCUGGCAUACAAUAAUUUGGAGACACUACCGAGAGAUCUUUUCAGAGGGAUGGAAGCUUUGACUAAAGUGGAUCUGAGAGGCAAUCUUUUCAGCUGUGAUUGUAAGCUUUUUCUCUGUUGA